CUCACCUUAGACACAUCUCUACCUCGAUAUUUUCACGAUGUCUAUUUACAUACAUCAUAUGCCCGAGGUUUUACCGAUAGACAUGGCAGCCAUGAGCACGCCCUACACAUCACGAACUUUCUACCGCAAUCAUUCCAACUACAGAGGGGACAGGUCAACUCACAACACAGCAGAGUGGGUUGUCAUACGUAGUCCUGCCGGCCAGAGACGAGCGGCUCAAGUAGUCUUUGAAAUGACGUAAACCAGAGGCCGAUUCACUAGGUGCAAGCAUGCGCAUCGUUCGGCUAUCAACAAAAUUCGCUUCACUACCAAGGCACCAAUUCCGUGGGACUUGCACACGGCUUCUUCAUUCCAGUGCUCGGAUGGAGAGUGUCCAAACCGGGCGCGAGACGCCACCAGCAUGGCUUCAGCGGAUCGUGCAGGACAGCACCAAGCCCCCAAAGCUAUACGCCUGGACCCUUGAGAAUCUAUCGGCAGACACCGAAGCGGGAGCUGGAUCCCGCCAGGUUGGUAGCCAUGGUAACGCCGAUGCGGACCGCAGAAUCUACAUCUUGGGCGUCGGCAACAUCGGCCGCUUGUACGCCAUGUGCCUGUCUAAACUCGCCAACCGGCCGCCCAUUACACUCGUCGUGCACCGCAAGGAGCUCCUCGAGCACUGGGCCGCGGCCCCGGGCAUCGAGCUCACGCGCCAUGGCCAGGUACACAAUUGCGCUGCAUUUGACAUAGAGUGGUGGACGGAUGUGGCGCCGCCGCCGUGCGGGGCACCAGUAGCCGAGGUGGCUGCCGGCGGCCACAUCAGCAACCUCAUUGUUGCAACGAAGGCCGGGGACGCCGUGCCGCAGGUCGAUAGACUGCGCAGGUAUCUAGGGAGUCGCUCAACAGUCGCGUUUGCGCAGAACGGCAUGUGUAAGCUGUGGCCGCCUGCUGGCGAGGCGUAUGUGCGCGCGAGGUUUCCAGGUGCGACGAGCCCAAAUUGGAUCGCUUGCGUGACGACGCACGGGGUCACCUCUCAAGGCCAAUUCAAGAGUGUUCACGCCGCUCCCGCGAACGCGUUGGUCGGCCCGGUUAUGGCAGGUAGUGCGGAUGACGAGCAGACGGGAUAUCUUAUGCGAACGAUCGCGGAUGCUCCGGACUUGGACGCGCGGCAGGUAUCGCGAAAAGAACUCUGGAUCGCACAAUUAGAAAAGCUGGUCGUGAAUGCCAUCAUCAACCCAUUAACAGCCGUCCUGCGGUGCAAGAAUGGCGAGGUCUUUGCACCCAGGAGCGAUGCAUUGCCAGACGUUAUUGAUAGGCUGGUGGGUGAGGCUAGUGAGUUGCUCGGCGCGCUGAUUCUAGACUCGAAAAGCGACGAGAUCCUGCUCUCUGGGUCGGUGAGCAAAGGAGUGGUUUCGGGGGACGCGACGAUCGAGACGCUGAGAGUCGGUCGCGAGGAGCUUCUAGCACGGUUUUCUUUUACUCAGCUUCGAGCCUUCGUUGCGGACGUCGGUGCAAAAGUCAGUGCCAACACCAGCUCAAUGCUACAAGACGUGCAAGCUGGUAAGUUGACCGAGAUCGACGACUUCAAUGGCUGGCUCGUAGAUACGGCGAGGUUGCUCGGUAAUGGGCUUCGUUUGCCGACGCACGAAAAGCUGAUCGCGCUGGUAAAAGGGAAGGCCACAUUGACAAGGCCCGAACUCUGCGAAAGGCUCUUGUGACGACAAUGAUCUCCAGUUCCGAGGGGAAAGUCUUGAGAAAAUAUUUCUAUAUACUGCAAUUAGCUUUAGCGUAAGUAUGUACGAAACGGCGCAAAUAGGGACGAAAAUAGCAUGAUAUAGCUUCAUGUUACUACUCUUCAUGAUCAUCAUCAACACCACGAGACCAAAAAAAAGGCACGAACGUUUAUACUGCAUGACUCUUAUAAUAUUCCAUGGUCUUAUAUCCAUAUUGUCAGACUCGUCCGCUUCGAUGCUGUGCGGGGAUCGGUUCAAUAGUAUAGUCUUAUGAAAUCUAUAUGUUUAACCCCUGAGAACAAUCAUGUCUCCUAUUCUAUAAUUCUGGUUCAAUAAUCUGACAAUAUGAAAGAAGCUAAUGCCCGUACGAUCAUCGCUCCCGCAGCAUAAUAACAGAUCAUAAGAUUUCCGUCGUCGUAAUCCAUACUUGUAGUAUUU